AUGUCACAAGAGGAACAAGACUAUGAGGGUGCACAGACUAGCAGCCAGAACGACGAUGCCUAUGAAGAAGAUGAAGAAGGUGACGAAGAAGAUGAUUACCAGGAAGAGUACGAUUUUGGUGAAGACGAAGAUGAAGCUCAGGCUGUUAGAUUCUUGGGUAGUUUGGCCCGCGCUUCACAAAGUGGAAACACCGGCACUCAGGAACAAGCUGACGAUAAUGAUAAUGACGAAGAUGAGGGAGACGGGGACGAAGAUUCAGGAACCGACUCCGGCUAUCCCCGUGCAGACCUUUUGAGAGCUCUUGGCUCAUUUUCCAAUAUAAGAGGUGGUGGUUCAGGAACACAACUGUCCUUCGCCGAUGUGAUUCAAAGAUUGGUGGGUGAAGGGUUUGUUUCACCAUAUGGAGGGCAAAACAACGAGAUCGAUACCUUGAUUAACGGUUUGGGCCAAAGAGAUGAUCCGUUUAUUCUCUCCGAAUCUUUGAACCAACUUGGUGAAAAGCUCUUGAUGAUGAACGCCAUCACCGCCGAAAGAGUUAUACCUGCUAGUAAGUUAACUAGGUCCAUCAUUCUGAUCAUGAACGACCCGUUUCUCCUGGAUCAGCUAGAGUUACAGCUUGUCGCAUGUCGCUGUUUGUACAACUUGAUGGAAGUCAAUCUAGAUUUCAUCCAUGAUGUGGUGAAUAAUGAAGGAAUAGAGGCCGUUUGCAUCAAAUUAAACGAAAUCACCUUCAUUGACUUGACUGAACAGGCAUUACAGACUCUCGAGAUGAUUUCACGAGAUCCCAUUUCCCAUAACUUGAUUAUCUCCAAUAAUGGUCUCAGGGCGUGUAUGCAAUAUCUUGAUUUCUUGACCAUUCAUUCCCAAAGAAAGUGUCUCUUAAUUGUUGCCAAUGUUUGCACAAACAUUUCAGCCAACAAUUUCGAUAAGAUAAAUGAGGUAUUUGACAACAUAUCAGGAGUGGUUAAGAAUCAUACGGAUCCAAAUGUUAUAGAGCAUGCGUGGUUAUCCAUCUCCCGUAUAAUUUCCAGCUUCAAGUCUCAUCCAUCGAAAUUGGAGACCUUAUUCGUGACUAGAGUCGAUUUAUUGAUCGAAGUCGUUGCUACUAUUGUCGUCAGCUCCAACAAAUCUUCUGUUUCGGAUUCAAAUGACUCGCAUAAAGUUCCCGUGAGCUUCAGCUCAUGCUUAAGCUUGGUGAAAUCUUUGAUAGUCUUGGCUAGUACGAGUGUGAAGAUCUCUGCAAUUCUUUUCAGAGAUGUUUCGAUUGGUGAAUGCGUAGUCAAAGCCAUCAAUAAAUUUUCAAAGAACAAAGAAGACUUGAAGAACAGAGGUUUAAGUGUCAUCAGUUCUUCUUCUUUCAAAGAUAACAUAUCCAUUGAAGCAAUCAUGGCGGCUCCCAAUGAGUUGUUAUCUCAAUUCCUCACCUUGAUUGGCUACUUACUUCCAAUAAACUAUGGGCCUCAAGAAACCCCUUUCUUGAAGAACAGUCAUCUAGAAUUCGAAGAAAAGAUCGAAAUCAAUCAACAAAGAACUCAAAUCUGCAGAGAUACUAUGCCCGAAGCAUUUUGGAAAUUUGUCAACGAUAUAUGGUCUUUUUUGAUCAAUAGCUUCCAAGCAUUAAUGGACUUCGAAGUCAGAAGGAGAAUCUUGAUCAAUUUAUUCCGCAUUGUGAAGUUCAUGCAACCUGAUGACUUCAAGAAAAUUAACGGCAUAGAAAUGGUGUCUGCUUUAUUGGCCUCUAUUGUGAAUCAGAACAAAUUCACGAUUUUAAAGGAUUUCAAUAACUCGGUUCCAGCAAGCCAACAGGAUACUGAAAUGAAAACCAGUGAUGACGAAGACUCAGACGAAUCAGAAGACGAAAACGUCAAUGACCCGAACGCUGGUUCCAAGAAUCAAGAUAACACAGCCAAGUUAAAUGCCAAUACUCUUGUAUGGAGCUCUUGCUUGAUUGUUUUGAACUUGAUUAAGAUUGAACCCCAAAUCUUCAUUGAUUCUUUUGAAAAAGAAGGUUUGAUCAAGGACAUUUCCACUAUUGCUAAUCAUUUAAAGUUCAUUAGCACUAGCGACCCUAUUAACGACGAUUAUGAGGCAUCAAGACCUUUUCUUUCGAUGUACUCGUACAAGUAUGCAGAUAUAGAGUUCUCUAAGGACUAUGAGUACAAGCUCACAAGUAUGAAGAUUUACAGCAAGUUGUUUCAUAUACUCAUGGCCAUAGACGAGCUAUAUGUGAACAGUAAGGAAGGUAGCAUUGCACAAGUAUCCUCUGUUGCAGUUGAAGUUCUGAACGAAAUCGAAGGGUUAUUAAAGGCUCAAGACUUAUCAAGAUUUCCAUUUAGCAAGUGGCAAGAGUCAUGGGAAAAGUUCCAAUUACUUUUGGAUAAUGGAUCUCAAAGUGUUUCCAGUUUUGAGUUGGUAUCGUCUGGUAUCAUUCAAGCCUUGAAUGAUGUGUUCAAGAUUGAUGCUCUUGGUUCUCAAGACAGCCUAUGCUAUAUUUCCUUUAUAUCUGUGUUUUUCCGCAGAAACAGCCAGGGUAAUGCCUUGAUCUCCAUUCUUGUUGACAAGUUACAAGAGGCAUUGUCAAGAGUUGAGUCCUUUGAAGUAAUCUCUGCUGGUACCAGCAAUCAAGGCCUCAAUUUGAGGUUCUCUUCAUCAAACUAUUAUGAUAGUUCUCAAACGGCUGGUAUGGCAAAACAAAUCAAGUUGAAAUUGGGUACUGACCCUUCUGAUACCUCUUCUGCCAGUCAAUUGCCACCAACAAUGCAAAAUAUGGUUCUUUCUGUUCACGCUAUCGCUUCAUUUGCCUCUGUUAGCACGUUCUUAACUCAAAGAAUCAAUUUCUUCGAGGCAUUAACUGGUUCUAGACGUAACAGGCUUAAUAACGAAUCCAACAAGACAGGAAAACAAACACACAUUGAGUUCUUGAUCAAUGACGAAGUAAUCCCUAAUGGCACUACCAUAUAUGGGGCUAUCUACAGAUCACUCCAAAGUGAACCCGAUGAGAUUGUCGAGUCUUCAAGAAUUUGGAAUAGUGUUCAUCAGGUUUCUUUCCGUGUGGUGGACACCCCUGUUGAAAGUCCUACAAAUGACUUGAUAUUGUAUAAUUCGAACAAAAGUUACAAUGAAUUGAAGUCUUAUGAUGCUACAACCAUCAACAUCUUGAAUUUACUCAAGGUCUUGUUUGAAGUGAAUGUAUAUGCUCAGACAUUGAAAUAUGAGCCGUUGUCUAUUGAAAAAUUCAUGAGUUGGAAGCUUACGGUCAAAUUGAACAGACAAUUGGAAGAACCUUUAAUUGUUGCAAGUGGUACUCUACCAGGAUGGGCUAUUCAUGUCACUAGGCAAUAUCCCUUUAUUUUCCCAUUAGACACAAGAAUAUUCUUCUUACAAUCCACCUCCUUUGGCUAUUCAAGACUUAUACAUCAAUGGCAGAUCAGAUCUAACCAAGAGAACGAAAACAUUAACGGUCAUGGCAGCCAAUCUCAAAGACCGCAACUAGGAAGACCUUUGAGACACAAGGUUAGAAUUUCCCGAAAGUUGAUUUUACAGAGUGCUCUUAAGGUGUUGAACUUGUAUGGUACCAGCCCGGGAGUUUUAGAGAUCGAGUAUUUUGAUGAAGUUGGGUCAGGAUUGGGACCGACUUUGGAGUUCUAUUCGAGCGUCUCAAAAGAAUUCUCAAAGAGAAAGUUGAGGUUAUGGAGAGAUGACGACCCUGAUGGUGAUGAAGAAGAUUUUGUUGAUUACAAGACUGGAUUAUUCCCUUCUCCAAUCGACAUGAAUGAAAUCCAAACGGAAAACGGAAAGAAAAAACUUUACUUUUUCCGUAUGUUGGGUAAGUUCAUUGCCAGAACCUUAUUGGACUCUCGAAUCAUAGACUUUAGGUUCAACCCACUUUUCCUCAAGCUCGUGCAAAUCUUCAAUGAACACUCCAUGAACAAAGAAGGCUUCAGUGAUUUGAAGAAAAUCAACAACUUAAACAGUCUUAGGAUUGUUGAUCCGUCAUUGGCAGAUUCAUUAGAGCAUUUGAUGAAAUACGUUGAACUCUACAAGAAUGUUCCUGAACAUGAAAGAGACCUGAUUCUUGUUGAUAACUGUACUUUGGAAGACUUGUCAUUGUCAUUUUCGUUGCCAGGUUACCCUAGUUAUCAGUUAAUUGCCGAUGGAGAUAACAUCGCUAUUACCUCGAAGAAUAUUGAAUCGUACAUCAGCAAAGUCAUUGAAGCUACCUUAUGCAAUGGUAUUAUUCCACAAACAAAAGCGUUCAUGAAUGGAUUCUCUAAAGUUUUCCCCAUCAGCUCUUUGAUUGUUUUCUCACCCAAUGAAUUGGUAAACCUCUUUGGAAAUGCGGUAGAGGAUUGGUCUUUGGAGACAUUACACUCAUCCAUCAAUGCCAAUCAUGGCUAUUCCAAGGAUUCAGAUGCUGUCAGAACCCUUAUCGAUAUUCUUGUGCACUUUAACGAUAUUGAAAGACGGUCCUUUUUACAGUUUCUAACAGGAGCUCCAAAACUUCCUGUGGGAGGAUUUAAAGCGUUGAAACCUGAAUUUACAGUGGUUAGAAAGUACCCUGAAGGUGGGUCUAAAGAUGACGACUAUUUACCCAGUGUCAUGACCUGUGCCAACUACUUGAAAUUACCUAACUAUUCCACCGAAGAAAUCAUGAAGCGAAAGAUUCUCCAAGCCAUCAGUGAAGGUGCUGGGGCCUUUUUAUUAUCGUGAGUUUAGCAUAGAUAGUUUUGAGUAAAUGUACAUACAAAUAUGAAAGUUCGCGCACAUCAACAAAAAA